GCCUGGACUUGCACCUUCUUUCUCUGCCCAUGUUGGUCUAGUUCGACGUCUUCGUCGAGCUGGGGCACGUUAUGCAACGCUGGUUCUCGUUAUGCAUGAUACGGGCACUUCGUAAUUGGGGUCAUAUAUCGGCCCUACGGUCGUGGGCUCCGGCCAUCCGGUUAUAAGUUCAAGAUAAGUCUGGGACCCUGCAUCACUUACUCACCUUUCUCGACGACCUCGACAUCGUCCAACAUGCCCAGUCUUGAACUGAAGACCAACGUCCCUCUUGAGGAUCCGAAACCUUUCUUGCUUGAGUUCUCUAGCAUUGCGGCCAAGACGCUGAGGAAGCCGGAACUGUAUGUUUCCGUGAGCUACCACUACAACGAGAACCUCACCUUCGAUGGAUCGUUCGACCCGGCGUUCCUGAUGACUGUGACGAGCCUGGACAAUCUCAAGCCCGGACUGACCGAUGAAUACAGCAAGUCAUUCUUCGAGUUUUUCCGCGAGAAGCUUGGUAUUGAGGGCGACCGUGGCUACAUCACUUUCCUUGACCCGGGAAGGGCAUUCUUGGGCCACAAUGCUACUACGUUCGGCACGAUUUUUGGGAAAUGAUGGAGAUCUGCUCGCCUACAGUUCCGUCCGCGGAAGACAUAAUAGCGAUCGUCAUGUUGUACAAGUGCAAUGCAUCUACACGCGCAGUUUUUGCUCAGCUCGCCUAUAAGACCUC